GCAUAGAGCGGCGAGGCUACUUCCGCAAGAUGGCGCGGCCGGAAGUAGGCCAUAGAGCGCUGCGGCCGCCAUGAAGCCAGCAGUGGAUGAGAUGUUCCCUGAGGGCGCCGGUCCGUACGUGGACCUGGAUGAGGCAGGGGGAAGCACGGGGCUGCUGAUGGAUCUGGCUGCCAACGAGAAGGCCGUGCACGCCGACUUCUUCAAUGAUUUUGAAGAUCUGUUUGAUGACGAUGACAUCCAGUGAACUGAGUUGUCCCGCUGUGCUGAGAUGUGGAGUUUUCUCUCUGGGAUCGCCCGUGCUGUCCUUUAUUUAUUGCAAUGAUUAGAACAGGAAAAUCUCAUAGGGGGUGUGAAAAAAAAGGCUGUUUAAGCUGCUUGGGGAAUGUGGAAUUCAGAUGGUGAAAAGUAACAUUGAACUGUGGGCUGUUAUUGUUAGGAAGGUGUUUGUAGAUCUGUCUUAAAAUUGUACUUGAUGUGCUAUUCAAAACCAACAGCAAAAAACCUACAACCCCAAUGAAA